CUGAGGUAACAGGAUGUAGCAGGUGAGGACAUCCUUCUUGUCUACUUAAAACAAACUGCCCAGCGUAUCACAAAGUCAGAAAAAAUAAUCUUCUUUUAUGGUUACCUAUACCACUGAGUAGACCAAAGAAAAAAGAAGGCAUUUCAGAAGAAUAAAAAUGCAUUUGAUGUUCAUGUCUAAGUUCAUCAUCUGACAAACAUACUGAAAAGACAGCCAACAUGGGAAGCCUUCCUAGUAAACGCAGGAGAACUUCUUUACCAUCAUCUGGUACCAAUCAUCAGCUUCAUUCAGACAAUAAUAAGAACGUAGUGGUUGCUCUGUAUAACUUUCCGUCUGGAGGCCAGAGUGAAACCAUUAUCACCAUAGGAGAGCGACUACGUGUUCUUUCUGAGGAUGGUGGUUGGUGGAAAGUGGUGUCUGUGUCAACGGGCAAAGAAUGCUACAUACCCAGCAACUAUGCUGCCAAGGUGUACCACCGGUGGUUGUAUGAAGGCAUCAGCAGAGAGAAGGCUGAAGAGUUAUUGCUACUGCCAUGCAAUCAGGGUGGCUCUUUUAUUGUCCGAGAAAGUGAAACCCAAAAAGGAACCUACUGUCUGUCAAUCAGACGAGCCAAUAACUCAGGGUGGGACUGUAUUAAACAUUAUCGUAUUAAUCGCUUAGAAAAUGGAUGGUUUUACAUUUCGCCACGACUUACUUUUGCAUCUUUAGAAGACAUGGUGGAUUACUACUCUGAAACUGGAGAAGGCUUAUGCUGUACACUAAAGAACCCAUGUUUUAUCCAAGGAGUGAACCCUAUGCCAAUUCAGAACUACUCAGAACCAAUUAUUGUGAAGAAGCCAGCUCUUAACUGGAAUGAGGUAGACAGCUCCAUUUUAUUAAAUGAAGAUGGUGAUCUCAAUGAAGAUUCUCAAGUCAGUGUAGGUUUACGAGAAGCUAUAAACUCUUAUAUGUAUAUGACAGAGGAUGUUGACUUGAAAGGGAUCUCUGAGAAGAAGAACAAGUGGAAAGCAUUUUAAAGUGGGUUGACCAUAAAUAAGCUAGAUCAUGAAAUCUUUACCGAUGAUGAACCUUUUAUGGAAUACCAAAAAACAGAGACUUUAUAUUGUUAUUUUACUUAAAUUAUUAAAACAUGAUUAUAGUUUCGUGGAUUAUUUAUUGCAGCUGUGCUGCUUAGAGUGUUUAUAAAUAGCUGUAUAUAUUUUUUAUUGUUGGCUCACUCAUUGACAGCAGGGCUGUAACACUGUCUAUCCGAGUCAUCAUUUUGUAUAUAACUGCAUAUUCUGUAAAUUAUUUCUCCUGAAUAAACACUGAAAAUGGUA